AUGAAGCCUCCAUUGGCAACCAAGAAAUAAACCCUGAUGACAGACGACCCCAGUGGAGACGAGAAGACCGAUUCCCUUACCAAGACAGAGAUAAUUACAGUCAGCCAGCAUGGCACCAUCGUGUACCUCCUCAGCGGGGUUGGAAAUGGGAGAAAGACGGCUUUAAUAAUUCUAGGAAAAAUAACUUUCCACAUUCUUCAAGAAACAGUGGUGGACAAAGAGGAUGUUCUGGGUGGCAUAAGGGUAUGGGAGGAGGCUCCGCAGGUUGGUUUCACAACCAUAGUAAUUCUGGAGGUGGUUGGCAUUCAAAAAGUGGAACAGUAGAUUGGAAUCAUAAUGGUCCAGGAAGGAAUUCCAGUUGGCAUUCUGAAGGAACAGGUGGCUUUUCCAGUUGGCAUAUGAACAGUAGUAACGGAAACUGGAAAUCCAGUGUACGCGGUACAAAUAGUUGGAAUUACAAUGGCCCUGGAGACAAAUUUCCGCCAGGCAGAAACAGAAAUUCUAACUGUCAAAUGGAAGAUAUGACGAUAGUACGGAAUAAGAAAUCUAUCAAACCAAACAAAUACAAUCAAGAAAGAUAUAAUUGUCAACGGCAAGAUAGUGACAAAAUUGGAAUAGUUGCCACAUACCCUUCUCAAGAAAGAUUUGCAAAUGACAAUUUUUCUUCAGAAGGAUUAUUUGACUUCAAUUUUGAGCACCUGGAAAGUCCAGCCAUUAAACAGGCAGAUUCUCUAACUCCCAAAAUUGGUGGAAAGAAUGGCAGUGUAGCAAAGGACAAACUCCGUCGUUGGACUCCUUACCCUUCCCAGAAAACUCUGGAUUCACAGAUUGGGUUGAAAGACAUCAGUGGUAGCAGAGCAGAGAAGUCAGAUAAGCCUUUCUUUGAUUGUACCUUGAAACAUUCAGGAAGACAAGAGGCCCAAACUGAUGAAACAAGUAAUUCCUCAGUGCCAAAAACUCAAAAUGAAACACAUGUAGAAUCUUUCCAUGACAAAAUCACUUCUGAUUGUACAACAUCCAAUGAAAUAGUAAGAGAUUCUCCAGAUACAGAAAAACUGAAACAAGAGCUUCAUUCAAAUAAGAUCCCAUCACCAAAAUCUGUAUGCCUUCCAAUUCCAGGUACCAAAUCAAUUCCUCAAAAACAAAAUUCAAAGAAUCCCUCAAAAAGCAUCAAAACGAAUUCUUUUUUUCCUGGAGAACACUCACAUCCUUCAAACAAGCCUAAUUUAGAAAACAACCAUGGUUCCUAUAUAUCUAAAUUGCGUAAUGUUUUUAAAGGGAAUAAAAGUUAUUUUGGUAUUCGAAGGGAGCCGAAUGAAAAUGUAGGUGAUACAUUACAAAAAGCUAAAGAAGUGCUAAAGUGUCAGGGGUCAGUGCAAAAAUCAUCACAUACCAGUUCUAAAAGGACGAGGAGCUAUGCCAAAGCAAGUAGAAAUGUCGAAGAGUCUGAAAAAGGAUCCUUAAAGAUUGAGUUUCAAGUACACACACUAGAAGAUGAAAGUGAUGGAGAGCUAUCUGACACUGAAAAGCAUGGGCCCAAAAUUGGAACCCUGGGUCCUGUAUCUACACAAGUUUUAAGCUGCGGCACUCAUCCUACUGAUGAGAAAGAAGAUGAUCAAAUUCUGAAAACACCUAGAAAACAAUCGAGUUCUCCAUGUAAUUCUGUUGUUUACAAGAAAGAAUCUGAGUUACAGAUGACGUCUGUGGGCAGUCCCCACCCCAGCUUAUUGGUAGAAUUGAAAACUUCUCUAGAAGAUGCACAGGUUGAUGACUCUUCUAAAUCUCAUGUAUCUUAUGCAACAGAAGGCUUUGAGAGUACCACUUUGGAUGCAGAGUUUCAAAAAUCAGAAAUAGGUCAACCCUCGGGCCCUAUCCUGCCUGAACUAAGUAAGCCUGGCUUUCCUGCCUCUCUCCAGAGAGAUUUGACCCGGCACAUAAGUUUAAAGAGCAAAACAGGGGCUCAUCUCCCUGAGCCAAACCUCAAUAAUGCUCGGCGUAUCCGCAACAUUAGUGGUCACCGAAAGAGUGAGACGGAGAAGGAAUCUGGGCUCAAACCAACUCUUAGACAGAUUCUAAAUGCAUCUCGGAGAAAUGUCAACUGGGAACAGGUCAUUCAGCAUGUAACCAAGAAAAAGCAAGAACUAGGCAAAGGCUUA